AUGUUGAAAAACUGCUUCGACAACUUAGUUAGGUUUUCUCACCAGUGUGUAAAACAUUAUUGCAAAAGUAAAAAUGAAAUAUUAUUAAUAAAAAGAUUUGGCUUUAGCACACAUCUAUCUCGCAUGGAACACUCCAAGUGUAAAAUUUUGAAUGAUUUAUAUUUUCCCCUUUUAAAACAUAGAUUUAAUUUUAUACUAAGCAAGCAAAUAAGUACAAAACGAAGAAGGUAUUUUAAAAUACGGAAACAUCAGAAAAAAAAGUACAAAAAAAAAAGAAUGGGUUUGUCUACAAUUCCAUGGAUACCAACAAAGGAAAAAGUGAGAACUUACAAAUUGCCUCGACAAAGUAGACUCAUAAAUAAAAGAUUUAUGAGGGACAAAAAGGGUGGUCGUAGAUAUCGUUUGAAGAAACAGCGAUGA